AUGAGCCAACAUCUCUCUGGAAGCUCGAGUGACAGCAUUGAACUUCUUUCCACCCAAGGUUCCAAUGCGUUGAAUAACGUUUUGAUCAAGAAUACAAAGUUAGUUACCAAGGUGUUUGACAAAGAGGUGAAGACAUAUGUUGUAUGCAUUGAAGGAAGCUCAUUCCAUACGACCAACAUUGAGAUUCCGAAAUUAAAUACAACAACCUUGCAAAUUAUGCAUCGGUACUUGGUGAUACAAUGCAUGAUCGGAACGAUAUUUCAAGUUGAAUUUCAUAUUAGAGAUAAAAAACAGAUUAAAAAGAGAAUAAUUAUUUCCAGCAGUUUCAAAACAAUAACCAAAACUCAGCUACAUUCACAAAUUCCUCUUCCAGAAAAUAUUAUCGCUGGACAAUGGAUGAAUUUAUGUUUUGAUUUAUUUGAACUAGUUGAGAUUUCGUUCAAUGACAAAGAAGAAUAUUAUUGUCUUGAUAGGAUAUGCAUCGGACCAAGUUGCACAAUCCGAAAAGUAUUCACUUUGAAACAUAACCCGGAGACAGAAGUUUUAAUACCAAAAAAGCUAGCUUUUUCUCAUACGGGAGAUAAUAAUGUUUGUAUUGUGGACUCGUCAUCCUUCCUUUCUGAAGAAGAAAUUUCAGCAUUGAAGAAAAAGCCUCCAGUCAUCACUGAGAAACCUGCAUCAGCUAAGGAUAAAAAACCACAGAUAGCAUUUGGUAGAAGGAUUUUUAGACCCACCACAGGAUUGCCAGAACACUCCAUUUUGCAGGAAAAUUCUGUUCUUCUUGAGCCAAAACCUCAUACUGCAGGCCCAAGAAUAGGUCAAAAUAUUCACAAACCAUCCACAUCAGCAACAAACAAAACUGGACCUAUCAUUAGGCCAAGAAAACCACAGCCUCCCCAACCUGAAAAACAAAAGAGUAAGAAUAUUUUGCUCAUCUCACAUAACAAAAACAACGAAACAACAAUUUCUCGAUAUAGCGAAGGGGAUGAAGAGGAGAUUGAGGAGCACUCAACUGAAUCGCAUAAUUCAAUUGAAGAAUUACGAAUAUUAAAGAAACCUCCUAAAGAAGAAUACAAUCCAAACCACUACCAGACUGAAGAAGACAACCUCGAUUUGUUGGUGAUUUCUGAACAAGAAAUUGAAAAAUUGAAUAAUGACCCCUUAAUUGAGUUUACAAAUUCAAGGAAGAAAAUAGCUUUAAUGGGAAACAGUAUUUCAGACAUGGAUAAAAGUCUAACCUCUGCAAGAAGUUCCAAGUCAUCUUUAAGUACCGAUUCCUUAUGUGUACCACAAAGACGAGAAGCAUUAACUGAAGCUCUGCAAGAGGUGGAAGUUAAUUUUGGUGAUCCCCAAUUUAGUGAUAACGAGGAAGACAGUGAUGUGGCAUGUCAAGGUAACGAUAGUUUUGGCUCAGAAACAGCAAUUCACACUUUAAACAGCUACAAAUUUAAGGAAGACAGAAAAUACAAUCCCACAAUGUUUGAAGAUGAAGACCUUGUGCUGUUAGAAGGGGAACAAAACAUUAAUUGCAAAACAGCUCACGAUUCUUUAAUUGAAAAACACACUGUUCUUGAAAGCACCAACUCGGCAUUGAGCUCACCCACUCCAAAUCGUAUUUGUACAGUCAAUGUGGGCAUGGACGAGUAUAUUGAAGAGCCAAACUCGAGGAGGAUGUUCCACAAUUUCGAAGAAGACGAUGAAGAAACAACACAGUUUUGA